AUGGCUGCCCCCAACGUGCUCAACGCCAUUUCCCGAUAUGCCGUGCCCGUCUUCGUCGCGGUGUCGCUGGGCCAGGCGGCAAUGUACGACGUCAAGGGCGGAACUCGGGCGGUCAUCUUCGACCGGAUAAGUGGUGUGAAGGAACAGGUCGUCAACGAAGGCACACACUUCCUGAUUCCGUGGUUGCAAAAGGCCAUCAUCUACGAUGUGCGAACUAAGCCCAGGAAUAUCAGCACUACCACCGGCAGCAAGGAUUUGCAGAUGGUCAGCCUGACGCUGAGAGUGUUGCACAGACCGGAGGUGCAAAACUUGCCAAAGAUUUACCAGGCAUUGGGUCAAGACUACGAUGAGAGGGUUCUCCCGUCCAUCGGCAACGAAGUUUUGAAAGCAAUUGUCGCUCAGUUUGAUGCUGCCGAGUUGAUUACCCAGAGAGAGGCCGUUUCGCAAAGGAUUCGGAACGACCUUAAUGCUCGAGCAGCCGAGUUUAACAUUGCCUUGGAGGACGUUUCCAUCACCCACAUGACCUUUGGCCGAGAGUUUACGCGAGCUGUCGAACAAAAGCAAAUCGCCCAGCAAGACGCAGAGAGGGCAAGAUUCGUGGUGGAGAAGGCCGAGCAGGAGAGACAGGCCAACGUCAUCCGCGCCGAGGGUGAAGCCGAGGCUGCCGAUAUCAUCAGCAAAGCCGUGGCCAAGGCAGGAGAUGGCCUGAUCCAGAUUCGAAGAAUCGAGGCAAGCAGAGAUAUUGCCCAGACAUUAUCCGGCAAUCCAAACGUCACAUACUUGCCAGGUGGCGGGGAUGGAGAAGGCAAGGGAAAGAAUACUGGACUGCUGCUUGGAUUGCGGGCAUAA